UCUCAGUUUGUUCAGUUGUCGUUGUUGUUUGGCUCGAUUUCUGAGAGUGUUUGGGUUUUGCGAUUUCGAUGACGAGCAAGCCAGCCAUCGUCACUGUCGCCAUCACAGGUCUCUCGUGCGCUGGCAAGACGACGCUGGCCGACGCGCUCCAAGCCAGACUGGCGCAUACGAUUGUGCUUCAUCAAGACGAUUACUUUAAGGAUUACGAGAAUAUUCCAAUGCGCGAAGGAACAGCCGAAAAGGAUUUCGAUUGCGUGGGGGCGUUCGACGAUGCAGCAUUGAGGAAACAAACGGAAGAACUCCAGCGCCACCCGGAGCGGUCGUGCCCGACGUGCGCACAAUCUGCAACAGAGCAUCAAGCACGCGACGCUCCAGCCGUGCUGUUGACACGCGGCGCCAGGCCAGUGCAUGUCGUGCUGUGCGAAGGUCUGAUUGUCAUGCACCCCGACUUCCAACUGUCCGACUCGUUCGAUCUGUGCAUCAACCUGGACCUGCCACAAGAUACCGCACGCGCGCGCCGGAAAUGCCGUGAUUACGGCGAGCACCCGGAUCCCGCAGACUACUUUGACUCGGUUGUAUGGCCUCGGUACAUUGACUACCACAAGAUCAUUGCUGAACACCCAGGCCUUUUGAGCUUUCACGGCGAUGCUCCACGCGAGCAGAUCGUGGAUGCUGUAAUAGACGAGAUUAAGAAGAUAGUGUAAAAGUACAAUCCAUGGUAUAGUUCAUCUGUCC